UCGCCACUCUGAGGUCGAGAACAGCAACUGCUGCUUUGAAUCUGUCUCAGUCCGCCGUGUCCAAUAUGGCAACCAGGUGGGGAAUCUGCAGCGCCGGGAAGAUCAGUCAUGACUUCACUGUGGCCCUGAAAACUCUUCCACCUGAAGACCAUCAGGUUGUGGCUGUGGCAGCACGCAAGUUGGAGGAUGCACAGGAAUUUGCCAAAAAACACAGCAUCUCCAAAGCGUAUGGCAGUUAUGAGGAGCUGGCCAGAGAUCCUGACAUUGAUGUGGUGUACAUUGGAGUAAUCCACCCAUACCAUCUGAACACUUGUCUGCUCUUUACAAAUGCCAAGAAGAAUGUGCUGUGUGAGAAGCCACUGGCUAUGAACACCAAGGAGGUUCAGCAGAUUCUGGCCUCAGCCAAAAAGAAUGAUGUCUUUCUCAUGGAGGCUGUUUGGACCCGCUUUUUCCCAGUCUCAGUUGAGAUCAGACGAUUGCUGGCCGAGGGGGAGCUGGGCGAAGUGAAGAUGGUCAGAUCAGAGUUUGGUGUGCCAUUGAUGCAUGUACCGAGAGCAGUGCAGAAGGAGCUAGGUGGAGGAGCAUUACUAGACAUUGGGAUCUACUGCUUGCAGUUUAUAUCCAUGGUGUAUAAUGGAGAGAAGCCAGAGAGCAUCCAAGCUAGUGGAGUAGUGCACGUGGAGACUGGAGUGGAUGAGACUGUGGUUGCCAUUCUUAAGUACUCCAAGAACAGAAUGGCAGUGAUUACCUGCUCCUCAGGUGUACAAUUGCCCAAUGAUGCCAUUAUUAUGGGAACAAAGGGCACAGUUCGGAUCCCUGCUCCUAUGUGGUGCCCCACAUCAUUAGUGGUGAAUGACAAGGAGACUGAGUACCCAGUUCCAGAACCCUAUUUGCCUCUCAACUUCAUCAAUAGUACAGGAAUGCGUUAUGAAGCAGAGGAGGUUCGACAGUGUUUGCUCAAAGGGCUGAAGGAAAGUACAGUCAUGUCCCACGCAGACUCUCUCCUGCUGGUUGAAUUGGAGGAUGAGAUCCGCAGACAGGUGGGGGUGGUGUACAGCCAGGACUGCCAGUAAAUGUUAAACACGUACCUAUGCUGUGAUUAACGGGAACCAGUUUGUAAUUACAGAUAAUUUCCUUUUAUUGGUUCAAAAUGAACCUUUAUUCCCAUACCACUGCAAGGAACACAAGUUGUAAGGAUAAAUACUAUAGUUUGGCCAAACCCAGCCACUACAGAAGAUGUUGCAAAUAUUGUCAUUAAUGGUUAAAUAUGGAAAAA